CACAGACAAGACAGCGGAUCUGGCGGCUUGGUUUAAGAAUCGUUUUCUAUUUUACUUGUUCAACUAUAGCGAACUUCUCGCUCUCUCCUUUCAUUUUUUCUCUUUGGGUAUUUCUUUGCCUUUUCCCUAAUUUCCACUUAUCUUCAUUUUUUUUCGAUCCAAACAUGAUCUGCUCAUCCGUUAGAACUAGCCCUUAUAUUCCCUGCUAUUGCUUCAGUGAUAAACACUAUUGCCCUAACACUAAAAAGAUUCAAAUAAAAUUUCCCAGAGUAAAUAAAUCAAAAUUCUUAUGUAAAUCAGCUGGUUCAGAUAAGAUAUUCGCUGUUUCUUCUUGUUCAACGACGAUUGAAACUCCUUUGGAUACUACGUACAGACAAGGAGUUUCGGACAAGAUUCAGCUUUUGGUUUCAGAAUUCAAGUCUUUAACAAAGCCAAUCGAUCGCGUGAAACGGCUCUUACAUUACGCAGAGAUGCUUGCUCCUUUUGACGAGUCGGCUCGGGUGCCCGCCAACCAAGUCAAGGGUUGCACCACUCAGGUGUGGCUCGACGCCAGAAUAGACAAAAAUGGAAAGGCAAGGUUUCGAGCGGACAGUGAUUCGGAGAUUACGAAAGGAUACUGUUCGUGUCUGAUAUGGAUGAUGGACGGUGCCGAUCCCGAAGAGGUUGUGGGAGUGAGGGCGGAGGAUUUGGUGGAGUUGAACGUUGGCGUCCACGGGAAGGCCCAAUCGAGAGUGAACACCUGGCAGAACGUGUUGAUUAGUAUGCGGGAUAAAACGGAGGCCUUGGUGGUGGAGAGAAAGGGGAAGCUGCCUCAGCUGAGGCCAUUUCCUACAUUCCUUGUCGGCUCUGAUCAUUGCAGUUACACCAGCGUUUAGGUUGUCUUUGGUUUCUCUAUCUUCGGGGUGUAUGAAAGAGAUGAUCAUCUACAAGCAACAAUUUCAGAGGGAGCUAAGUGAUGGGGUCAAUAGAGUAAAAUUGUAUGGUUCUUGAAAAUGGAGGCCUGCAUGCUUCAAAAGAAUUUAGGAAAAGGGAUGCUAUAUUUGUUAAUUUACAAAGAAGGGAAAGUAGGAGUCGUCUUCCCCAUGUUGAAUUACGUAAAGAAAAAAAAAAAGACAUAAUUUGAAGUUCAGCCAAAAGUGUGUUUGACAUUGCAUUAUUGCAGUGUAUGUAAACUCUACUUAUUGUAAGAGAAAAGAGAGUUGAAAAACAAUGGAUUUGCAACAUUUGUUACCGAUUUGUGUUGUAAAACUCCAAUCCAAUUUAAUGAAAAAUCUUAUAGAGUUGUGUAUCAUGACUUGUAUUGCUUUGAUUUU